GAGAUAUUUUAACGUCAAUUGUCGAUCUCUCUCCACUAUUUCAUUAUGAAAGAUAAUCAACAAGAUUGCUCUUUAUCCAUUGAGCUUUUACCUGAAUUUGGUUGGUCCAUUAAAGAUACUCCUGCAUAUGGGCCUGGCUCUGUAUUUCAAGGCCAUGUCAAAUUACAACUUGUAAAAGAUACUCCUAUUGAAAACAUCCGACUUGCUUUCUAUGCUAUCGAACGCGUUCCUCCCUACGACAUCCACUUUGGAGCAGUUCGCGCUAUUAAAAACACAUUAUUCAGUAUUCAGUACACACUCUGGGAUCACAACAAGGACAGAAUACUCAACCUCGAGGAAGACCGAAGCACGAGCUUCCCAUUCACAAUUCAAAUGCCCAUGGUUCAAUUUCCUCCUACCUUCAAUCACACCGUCUAUCAAUGCAACUUUCAACUUAUGGCUGUUGUCAACACCUCUUCAGGCAUGAUUAAGCAUGAACAGCCCGUGAUCUGCAUGCCUUUUGUCGAGACACGUCUUCUCAAGACCCCCUUAAUGUUGUCUGCGGGUAAAUCUAAUUUAACAGCUCAGCUUAAAAUGACGGCGACCGACUUCGUUCCGGGUGAUCUCAUACCCUUAACACUCCACGUGGGAAGCCUUUCCCCAAAUAAAAAGACACAAUACGUCACUGUACAACUGAAGCUAAUUCAAAGCGUGAAUAUUAAAGUGUUUGAAGACAUGCCAUGUACAGACAGCAUCAUCGCAUCAGCCUCACAUAAACUACUAUUGAUCCCUACACCUUCCGGAUCCUUCUGCGACGGCGAGCUUACUCUUCAGCUCCCACCUGAUUUAACUCCCUCUUGUGAAUAUGGCAAAAUAGCGAAUGUCACAUAUCGAUUACAAGUGUCUGUGGAGCAAAAAGGCCCGAUGGGCGGCAUAUGGAACUAUUUUGCAAACUUUGAGGAUAUUCCAGUGAUUAUUGGUACCCUAGGUUACGGUAUCCGAGUUUCGGAUGAGUUCACAACAUACGACCAAUAUCAGCUUAAUGGAGAUGGCCGAUUGGUGGAUAUACCUGUACCAAAAUUUAUGAAGUCUAUUGAAUAUGAAGAUGCUUUACCACUUUAUGAUUCCACUCGUUUACCAGAUUAUGAUGCAGCCUGUACACCUCUUAUGAUAUGCUAAUUCUAUGUUUCUCACUCUCAUUCUAUCUUCCAUUAUCUCUCUUUUGCAUUAUCAUUGUCAUUACUUUAUUUAUUUCUAUCAUCUGUACAUAACUUCAUGAUUUUUAUUUAUUUAUAGAUUACAAUAAAACCUAAAUUGGCUCAAUCAUACAAUUCCGAUUUUUUGAUCAUCCUUCGAUCUGU